UCAAAAUUUAGGGUUUGCGCCUCCAUUCUUCAUACCCACCCAGGCCACAUAUCCACAACUCUCAGCCACCGACCCGGCACCGGUUACCUCGACUCGCUGCACCACCAGCUCCACUACGACACGGCGCUGCCUCAGCCACCACCACAUCCGUCUCACAUCUGCAUUUGCCCGCCUCAGCUAUCACCAGCACUGUCUCUCCCUAAAGCUUAAGAUUAGUUCAUUUUGCUGAAUCUCAGGCACUUGAAUAUCUCUGUUGACAGCAGCCCCACCGUUCGGCCACUCCGCAGUAGCAGCAGUUUCCAACGCUCAACUAACCAACAACAGGUCUAUCAAAAUAAUCCAACAUUAGACAAAGAAAACAAAUUAUGGUGUUGGAAAUUCUUCAAUGCAAAUCUAGUUAGUUUAGAUUUACGAUUAAACAUUGUACACUGGGCAAACCGCUAGAGAAUUUGGAGUGGAUUGACACGCGGCCACCAACUCCGGUUACUCUACUUGCUCCAGCUAUAAACAAGGUUCCACACCCAAAUACGUCGUCGUUUUGCUACAUCACUUAGAUGUUGUGCCUUCUUUUCUCAUUUCCCCCCUGUUGUUGUGGAUUUUUUUGACAGAGAAGUAAUUUCGCGGUUCAAGCAUGUAAAAUAUAUUGGACUUCACGCUGAUGUAGCAGCUCGAAUACUUUCUUUCUAUUACUGUUUUAAUUUCGCGUGUCAAAAUGCUGAAUUUAGCUGUUUUUAAUUUUGUUCGGUGCUUGAAAUAUGAAGUUCGAGUGAAUCUGCCACCAAGUACAAUUUCUCUUUGUUUCUUUUACCAACAGAUCUAUAUGAGAAUAUGAAGUUUCCCAAAAGCAUGAAACAACUAAGAAGAUGCGUGUUUGCUAACUGCAUUGUUGGCAUGGGCGGCAUUGGAAAAAUACGACUAUCAUCAGGCGAAAUGUUGGGUUGCCCAUGGCUGUUACGUCUUUUUUCUUCAAGCAUAUUGCGGAUCCGAAAAAGCAAAUGGAGAACAUACACCUUGAUGCAUACUUGACAGUACUCUACACAUCGUCGGAAAUGGCUGGACUGAGAAGUUUCAAAAGAAGAGUGACAAUAACUUCUACAAGCUUCAUGGCAACUAUCUUCCGAAUGUGGAUGAAGUACAACCGUGAGGAAGACACGCCCGAGUCAAGCACACAGAACGAACUUCAAAUUGCAAACGAGGACUUGUUCGAGAUGUCUCAAUUCAUCAUUGGGGAGGAACCAUCAUGGGGCCAUGUUAAGCCAUGGCAUGAUUAUGACAAGGUUAUUGCAAUAGCAAAUAUCCUCAACCAUUGGAUAACACUUUGCAUUAACCUCAAGGAAACAUGUGUCAUUGUGUAUGGCUCACAACAACAUGUAUGGAACAAACAAGAUUAUGAAAUCAGCAAGCAAAACAAGGUCCUGUUGGCAAGGUUGCUCCCACAUGUCCUCGAGUAUGCAGGUUUCUUUGACGCCAGAAAAUACGUAACAAAAUCUCUGAAUCAGUGGAAGAUUGAUCAUCCAGAAGAGGUCAAUAUCUACGAGCUAACUGAUGACGUCAACUGCGGACCAUUUGCACUGAAGUUCGCUGAAGUAAUAUUGACUGGAAAGUGGGAACAUGGAUUUGACACAAAGAGCUUGAAGAAGUACAUGCAUGACAUGGCAAUGAAUGUCUAUGGUUUCAGCACCAACUUUGAUUGAUUUUUGAAUUUGCAGGUUUUAAAUGGAGUUUUAAUGGGUGGUGAAUGGGGUUGGGAAUUUGGAGAUUUAACUGGAGUUUUAAGGGUGGUGAAUACUCUCAACUGUUGUGAAUUGUUUUUAUUUGGUUUGCUUGACUGAUAUGAACUACUGGUAGGUAAGUAAUUAGGUACUUGAAUGGUUAGGAAUUUGAAUGCUUGGGUAUGCUUUUGAAACUACUUAUGUAAUAUCCAGGUGUUGCUAAAAAUAUAUGAUGCUUUUGAUAAA